AUGACCACCCAGGACACCACUUCCAGCGUUCCGAACAAACGUGGCUCUUCAGCCCUCCAGAUGGGACCUCGCAAAAAAGCCUCCUCAUCUGAUCCACUAGUAUCCCAUGGACGUCACUUCGGUCGAACGGUAUUCGCCCUGUGUAAUUACCCCUCCUUGCUCACCAACGGUGUUUUGAGACUUGAACAAAUCGAAGAUAUUCCGUUGGAGGACUUUCCUGCCGAAGAGCGACGAGAACAUCGCGUCUUCGAGCAACUUUUGGAAUCUUAUCCCGGUCUUCUGGAGCGACUGAAAGAUGGGUCGGAAGAAGAAAUCCUUCAUGUUGGAGAGCUGAUCGGCAAGGGGGCCGCAGGCGCCAGAGGCGAUGACACAAAAACGUUGAAAUCUGCGAUACUCGAUUGGAUUUCCCCGAAAGGGGAAGCCAUACGGCCCCCUUUACAUAGGAAUUCCAAGAUCGACCGCGGUUUUAACCACGACCUUACAGGAUCUCUUCUUUGUCCCGCUGGAUUGGACUGGAAUGACCCUCAGACCAAAGAGAAACUCCGAAGCGGCGAGAUGCUGGUCUGUGGAGAUCAAUGGCCCAUUUUUUUGUAUGCCCACCACGCUUAUGACCCUGAAGACCCGUGGUGCGGUCUUCUUAGGAGCCGCUUGCUAGUAUAUGCCUACAAGCAUGUGUUUACAUCUCCGAGUUCGGUCGACAGGGAGCCAAAGGCCACGCGGUCCGGAAAUGCGCGCCUCCAUGGCAUGAAUUCCGUCACCAUCGCCUCCUUAGCGUAUAUUGCAACUCAGGUGCGAUUUGCUCUGAGCUCGUCCUCGGUGUUCUCUCGGACCGACACAACUACAGAUUCGGAGACAUUCUAUCACAGCCUCCUCGACCUCUUAGAAGACCCUGAAGAAUACAAGGAAAUCGACGAGCUGCUCACCUGGUGGAAUCGCCAGGUUUUUCCCACUUCCUCUGCGGCCAAGAGACCUAUCAGUGCCAACAGCGCCUUAUCCAAGAUCCGACAAAAACGCAUGGCCCUCAAACAAGCUUCAAAUCCUGUCUCUUCAUAA